AUGGCCGUCGCCUUCGUGGCGCCGUCGGCCGCGCCAGCAGCCGCCCCCGCCGCCGUCGCGCGCGCGGCCGCCGCGCGCCUCGCCUCCUCCGUCGAGGCGCCGCGCUCGUCGCCCCGCCUCGGCGGCGGUGCCCCGCUGCUGUGCGCGGGCGCCGCGGCGCUCGCCGGCGCGCUGGCGCGGCCGCGCCGCCGAGGCCGCGGGCACGGCGCGGCGGCGCGCCGCGUGGCGGUGCGCGCGGGGGGCAAGGUCGGUUGCGUGGGCAUCAUCGGCUGCUCGGGCGCCGUCGGCGAGGAGAUGCUGAAGUGCCUGGAGGACCGCAGCUUCCCCACCGAGAGGGUGCGCCUCUUCGCCAAGCGCGCCGCCGGCACGGUGGUGAAGACGGAGAAGUUCGGGGAGAUCACCGUGGAGGAGUUCUCGCUCGAGGCCGCGCAGGAGUGCGAGGUGUGCCUCCUGGCCGUGUCCGGGGACUUCUCCACGGAGUGGUCGCCCAAGAUCAGCGGAGGGCCGAAGAACACCAGCGUGAUCGACAACUCGUCGGCUUGGCGGUAUACGGACUCGGUGCCCCUGGUGAUUCCGGAGAUCAACGGCGGGAAGAACUCAGAGGCGCCUUUGGUGGCCAACCCGAACUGCACCACCGCCGUCGGAGCCAUGGCCCUGUACCCGCUUCACCAGAAGUAUGGCCUCAAGAAGGUCAUCAUGUCGACGUACCAGGCCGCGAGCGGGGCCGGCGCGGAGGGCAUGGCGGAGCUCGAGACCGGCAUCAAGGAGUUCGCGAAGACGGGCAAGGUGUCCCCGCCCGAGUUCUUCGCGCACCAGCUGCCCUUCAACGUCAUCCCGCAGAUCGACGCCUUCCAGGCGAACGGCUACACGAAGGAGGAGAUGAAGGUGACCUGGGAGCUCCAGAAGAUCUUCGGACUGUCCGACGACGUCAAGGUGUCGUGCACAGCCGUGCGUGUGCCGACCCUGCGGGCGCACUCGGAGUCCAUCGUGAUUGAGACGGAGAAGAAGGUGGACCCCGACGAGGCCCGCGAGCUGCUCCGGAACUCUCCGGGCGUGAAGGUCGUCGACGACCCGAGCAAAUUGAUGUACCCCAUGCCCCUCAACGCCACAGGCAACCACGACGUGGAGGUCGGCCGCAUCCGCCAGAGUAUCAUCUUCGGCGACCACGGCCUCGAGUUCUUCCUCUCCGGCGACCAGCUCCUGCGCGGCGCCGCACUGAACGCGGUGCUCAUCGCGGAGCAGGCGGUCGCCGCGAGGCUCGCGUGA